UAACUGCAAACGCGCGUCAUUGAAACGUUGUUAAACGUGCAAACUGCUGGCAGAUAAUGAUAAAGCUGAAAAUUUGGAUUAAACUUGUUUAGGAAGAAAUGAAAUAAUGCCGUCGUGUAUUGCGUUAAAUUGUACGAACGUAUCAGCAGAGGCUCGUAAAUCAAAAAGACAAAAAUUGCUGGAGAAGAAAUUCAAAGUAACUUUUCAUAGGUUACCAAAAGAUCCAACGAAACGACAAAAGUGGCUCGAUAGCCUGUGUAUCCCAGAGCCCAGAGGUGCAAGUCCUAUGAUAUGCUCAAUUCAUUUUCCAGAAAAUGCGUUCGACAGAACAUCUCAGUCUUGUGUUAGACUCAGAGACUUUGCAAUACCAUAUGGUCCCUUGGAUGAGGAGUUUCGCAUUACAUUGCACAAGUCCAAUCGAAGCAGAUUGCCCCAAUCUGUGAAGCAGAAAACUUUAUCCCAGAUUAAUCACCAAGAGGUGGAAGAUAAGCAUGAGAAAGUAAAAUAUUUGAUUGAGGAAAAUUUUAAUGACGGCGCUGAAAAAUUUGAUGAAUUGUCCAUUUCUGAGGGUAUGCCGUAUCUUAUCGAUGACACUAGUGAAAGAAAAUUGUAUGUCGACCGAUCUACAUCAGUGUCGCCAAAUCACUUUAUCAAUGACUUACCACUAAAGAAGGAGCCCAAGGUAUCUGUAACACGGUCGACAUCGGUUUCGCCUCAACGCACUGAAGACAGUACAAAAACGCAAUUUUUCCGCACUGUAUUAUUGAAUACGAAAAAAAUGUAUGUUCAUAAAAUAAAAAUGCUGCAGCAGAAGCAACGCAGAACAGCAAAUAAAUUGGCAAAUAUGCGGGCUAUUCUGAACGUAUUGAAGAAAAAAAAUCUUCUCGGAGCGAAGGAGCUGGCCAAUCUUCAAGAGAACGUUCUUGCAUCCUGAUAUUAGUGGAAUGCUGAUCUUGGUUCUACUCGAAGAUGUUCUUCAAUGGAUUUACAGCUUGAUAGCCACAUUCAUUGCGGAAAACAGGAAAUGAAGGUCUAGGUUCUGAAAAAUCCUGGUCUCUGCUUAGUUGAAGACUUGUGCGUGCCUUUGGAAAAAAUGUCUUAUUAGAUUUAUUCUACAGCACCAGCUACUAAAUUUAAAAAUGCUAGUGUUUCAAGCAAAACGUGGAAUUUAUCGUGACGUCUUGGCUGGCCAUUCCUCUCCUCUUGAUUAUUGCCACAUGACCUCACUGAUGUUAUUGCAAAGUUCUUGAAGGACAACAUUCAUUGCGGCAAUUGCAUUCGAGCAUUACUGUAAC